AUGUUUCAAUGCAAGAUAUCAACAGGACAGUAUUGUUGGAGACAAGAAUUAUUCCAACCGAUACUAACUGAAUUGUUUGAUCUACAACAGGAAUUUGGGACUAUCACUGUUGGUCUGCACGAGACUGUAGAUCACAAUUUGCUGAAUCGCAUCUUCAGUUAUUUGGGAUUGGUUGAAAGACUAGAAAUUUUAUCUACGAACUUUCUCCCUCCAUCCUCUUUUAUUCCAAUUUUCCCUCCAUGGCCAAGACAGAGAAUUAUCAUCAAGCCAAACUCCCCGUGGCUCACUCUGGACACUCUCUUCACCUGCACAUGUUCUUAUAUUGAUAUCGCCAAUACUAAUCUGGAAAACAAAGAGUUGGAUGAGAUACUCACACAUUGGAAAGCUGGAGGGUUACCGAAUCUGAAAUACCUAGAAAUCGGUAGUACCAAAUUCAAACGGAAUGGAGAUCCUAUUCUGGGAAUGGUUCCAAAUGAAUGGGAAGACCAAACCACGAUUCGAACCGAUGAUGGAUCAAAGACUGCUGAGGUUCACAUUCGGGGAAACUAUCUCGUAAUGGAUACACUACUGAUAGGUCUAAACUUUUGA